GACGGUAGAGUGUGCGAGCGCUUUGACGCUCAGUAAGCGGCCAGCCGCCACAGAGGACGGUUCGUUCGUUCGUUCGCACGCAGGCACGGUAACCUCAGGUGCUGCUCGCGCGUUGGAGAGUCACCCGAGUGAUUUCCACUACCUCCGAAAGUGUUAUAAGUAAGUGUAACUGGCUCGAGGUUGAGAUUAAGGUAUAACAUAGGUUUUCCCGAGGAGUGCAUCGUCACACGGUCAUCGCGUCGACACUCGAGUUGGAACACCUUGAUCAUAUUCAAAAGCUUCGGAUCCUCUUCGAGGGACUUCCGUCGUUGACAUAUCGCGAGUGAAUGGUGAACAGUGAUUCAAUGUCGCGUUCAUCGCAUUAGUUGGGUGCAGGUUGCCUACAGCCUCCGAGAGUGCAAGGGUGUUUGUAAGAAAGCGCGAUUGUCAACCGCGGAAAUCGGGAAAGUCACAUGGGACUGAAACCUGGAGGUCUGGACCGAUAACCACCAUCGUUGUUAUAACCGGACUCAUCACACUACUUGAGGGUACUGCCAUGCAGGCAGGGCCGCGGUGCUAGUUCGAAGAUCGUAGUUUCUUCUGGGUCCGAACCCCAGCGAUAAUGGCGCGGGUCCAGACCCUAUCAAAUUGUCUUGCACUGUUGCUUGUGGCCGGCGUUCGACUGGCCGAAGCCGGGGGCGAGGGUUACAUGAAGAUGUUUGCGGCCCAGCAGAACCCCGUGGAUCCCUGCUUCGAUGAGGAUAGACCGCGGCGGUGCAUCCCUGAUUUCGUUAACGCGGCCUUUGGGACCGCCGUCGAGGCAUCUUCGACGUGCGGAAGUGGUGGUCCCACGCGUUACUGCGACGUCUCCGAUGUUCCCGGGGGCAGUCCGGGACCCUGCCACGUUUGCGACGACUCAACGCCACGGCGGCGGUUCCCCGCUAGCUACUUGACUGACCUCAACAACCCUAACAACAUCACCUGCUGGAGGAGCGAGCCUCUGGUAUCGUCGCAAAGCUUUUCGGCGCCCCCGGACAACGUCACGCUGACCUUGUCGUUGGGAAAGAAGUACGAACUGACGUACGUCAGCCUCCAGUUCUGUCCUCGGGCCGCCAAGCCGGACUCCAUUGCUAUACACAAAUCCAUGGACUACGGGAAGACCUGGCAGGCCUUCCAGUUCUAUUCGUCCCAGUGCCGUCGCGUCUAUGGAAGGCCCAAUCGCGCCACCAUCACCAAGGCUAACGAGCAGGAGGCACGCUGCACGGACAGCCAUCGGUACACCGGAGGUGACGGACUCGCACCCGUCGGGCGUAUAGCCUUCAGCACUCUCGAGGGACGCCCGUCGGCUUCGGACUUCGACAACUCGCCGGUGCUCCAGGACUGGGUUACGGCGACGGACAUCAAGGUGGUGUUCAAUCGGCUUCACCUACCUCAUGGUCAGGAGGAGUUCGCGCCUCAGGAGGAGAUCCAGACGCCGGAGGAGACCGGCGUUGCCAAGGAGCUCAGGAAGGACCUCCAAGAGCGCGCAAAGGCCAAGGGGCAUCCCAAAGCUCAGUUCGCCAAAUCUGAUGGACUCGAGUCUGCUGGACCACCAACUGUACUUCCGUCCGUCCAGGUGAUUGGACCACAGGAAAUGCAGUCCAACGAUGCCCUGGACAUCGAUGUUAGGGAUAUGAGUCUCGUCACCACCACCGUCAUCACGACCACAUCCACCACCCUCGCUCACCACUACGCUGUUUCCGACUUCACCGUUGGCGGACGGUGCAAGUGCAACGGGCACGCGGCGAGGUGCGUUCCUGACAAGGAGGGCGAGCUCUCGUGCGAUUGCAGACACAACACUGCCGGCAGAGACUGCGAACGUUGCAGGCCCUUCCACUUCGAUCGACCAUGGGCAAGGGCCACUGCCAAGGAGGCGAACGAGUGCAAGGCAUGCAACUGCAACCUCCACGCGCGAAAGUGCCGAUUCAACAUGGAGCUGUACAAGCUGUCGGGUCGUGUCAGCGGCGGCGUGUGUCUUCAGUGCCGACACUUCACGGCUGGCAGACACUGUCACUAUUGCAGAGAAGGCUACUACAGAGACCCGGCAAGACCGAUCACCCAUCGGAAGGCCUGCAAACCGUGCGACUGCCACCCCAUAGGUGCCUCGGGCAAGACGUGCAACCAGAGCACCGGGCAGUGCCCCUGCAAAGACGGAGUAACUGGAAUAACGUGCAACAGAUGCGCCAGGGGCUACCAGCAGAGCAGAUCCCACAUUGCGCCGUGCAUAAUGUUUUCAGAAAUCCCGAAGGUAGUGCAGACCCAAGGGAUGGCUGGCGAGGACAGCGGGGAACACGAGGAAACCGAACACGAACACGGCUACGAUGGACGCGCCGACCAGUGCGGAAAGUGUCGCGCAGGCACAAGAAGACUAAAUCUAAACAAGUACUGCAAAAGAGACUUCGCCAUCAUGGGUAAAGUGACAGACAGACACGUGGAGAAUGGUGCUGGGAGUUCUGGGUCGGCGGAAUGGGUCCGGUUCACCAUUCAGGUCCAAAGCGUCUAUAAACGGGCCCGAGAAUCUCGCCUCCGUCGGGGCCCUAUGGCCCUCUACGUCCACGCCGCCGAUCUCGCCUGCAAGUGUCCGAAGGUCAAGGCCAACAAAUCCUAUUUGAUACUGGGUCGAGAGAGCGACGGUGGACGUCAGGGAGCUUUGACGGCAACGCAACGGUCAAUCGUCAUAGAAUGGCGCGACGAGUGGCACCGUCGAAUGCGUCGUUUUCAACGACGAGCGAGAUCUUGCCAUUGAAUAUCCUUCCAGAGUCAUAUUCUCGGAACGAAGAAU